AUGAACUAUAGUGAUGAGAGGAGGAAGGGAGAAUAUGCAUCCCUUAUUGAGCGUACAGAUAAGGGAGAUAAUAUGAACAUAAACACACAUGAUUUUGAUGAUAACCUAAAUAGAAAUAAUUUGAAGUGUGGAAAAAAUAUAAACAAUCAGAGCAGCGAAAAUGAGAAUGUACCAUUGGGUACACCUUUAACGUAUAUAGUUGGAAAUGAAGGAGAAUAUGUCGGAGGACAACCUAUGAAUUAUGAACAUAUUGAGGGAAAUAAAAGAUUACACACGGAUGUUAAAUAUUCUGUAUAUUUUUUUACAUACAUAUUUGUUUUAUUCAUAUGUAUACUUUAUUAUUUUUAUCAUGGAGAUUAUGCGAGAGUGUUAUAUGGCACUAAUUACAAUGGUAAAAUAUGUGGAAGGCACAUGAAAAAUUAUUCUUAUUUAUAUUUUCCCUUGUCACCGAAACUGCCAAAAAUGGAAAUAUUGAGCAAGUAUGGGAAAUGCCUGGAGUCAUGUCCGACAUUGGAAGAAAGAAAAAAAGAGGAAAAACAAAAAGAAGAAAUAGCAGAGACGAAUCUCAGCGGAGGGGCAAAAUCAAAGGAGAGUUUUUUUGAGAAUCCAUUUUCAUUUUUUGAUAAAACCAAAAAAGAAACAAUUGUGGACAAGAAGGGAAACAGAACAACCAACGUAGUGUAUGGUGAUUACACAAAAAGUUUACAUAACAACUUGUAUGUUGAAUAUUCUUUAAAUUCCCCAUAUUAUGAUACAGUUAAUAUCAUGAAUAUAUGUUAUCCAAGGGAUAAAGUAUUAAGACAGAAAGUUAUAAAUAUAGUAUUUACAGAUAGAUAUAAAACUCUUGUUAAUUUAUUUUCCUUUCACAAUGCAGUAUUUUAUGUCUUUCUCUUUGUUUUCCUGACUAUUAUUUUAUGCUUUAUUUAUUUAUUUUCCUUGUAUUACAUACCAGCCGCUACUUUUCAUUUAUCUCUAACUUUAUUCAUUUGUUCAAUGUUCUUUUAUCCUAUAUAUUUUAUUCACAAACAUUUAUACCUCUUAUUUAAUCCCAUAAAGGGUACAUUUUUUUCGUAUCAUUAUUUAACAUCCAUUUUUGUUUGUUUUGUUCUACUGGCUCAUGGAAUUAUUUAUCUGUUCAUAUUAUAUUUAUACAAAAAUACAUACAAAUACACACACAGAUUAAUUACGGUUACGUUGAACUUUAUCAAUAAUGUAUCCAACGUGUUGUAUUCACCAUUCAUUGUUUCAGUUUUUUCUUUUCUGUGGUUUUUUAUUUGGAUGUAUGGCUAUAUAUAUAUAAUGACCGCUGGUGCGCUUCACGAGAAGAGGCUGCAAUUGGAACUGGAUAAGAAUGGAAACAGCGAAAUUGUGUCCCUUCAGAAGGUCUUUCACUAUUUCAGAAGCUCCUAUAUAUUUUCAAUAUUUUGGAUUUAUUCCUAUUUCUUCGUUUGUGAAAUAUUGCAGUCGUUAAACCAGUUCACUAUAAGUUAUUUAGGAGCUGUAUGGUACUUUUGCGACAAGAACAGCGUGAAUUAUAAUCUUAGUGCUCAAGCAACUAUGAAGACAAUAUUAAAUUAUCACUUGGGUAGUUUGAUUUUAUCAAGUUUUAUUAACUUGUGCACGAAGCAUUUACGUGUUUUGUUUUUUUGGACGAACAGCACUUUGUCUCUUCCAUUUUUCUCUAAUGAAACAAUUCAUAACUUAAAGGAACGGUUUUCUCUUUUUUUAAGACCUAUUUCGAAUUUAAUUGAUAAACAUACAGUGGUUGCGUAUUGUGAGAUAUCCAUGACCUCGUACCCAUAUUUAUUCAGCUGUUAUGCGUCGUCAAAAAAAUUAAUAAACUCAACUUCACCAGCGGCAUCUUUACAUGGGAUAACCUACAUAGUGAAUAUCAUAUUCCCGUGCUUAACAACCUUAAUAGUUACAUUCGUCUCAUUCAAUAUUUUUAACAAUUUUGAACGAUAUAGAGAUUUGGUCUCCCCGAGUUUUGUUCCCAAUCCGUUUUUUGCAUCAUUUAUUAUUGGAGUGCUGUGUGGAGAGAUAACAUCCUACUUUAUCACAAUUAUAUCAACUAUAACAGAUAGCAUUUUAUAUUGUUUUAUAUGUGAAUGUUACCAAAAGCAGAUGAUUGAUGAAAACCCUUUGAGAAAAAUAUAUACCCCACCACUUUUAAAAGAAUUAAUAUUAGAAAUAUACCAAGACUAUAACACUCCCUUGUGA